AGGCAGAGCACGGCGUGCAACUCCCUUAACACUGCCCACAGCAACGCCGCCCAAGAGCUUAGGACAGGCAGUCGAGAAGAGCAACAUGGCCAGUUGAAAGCAGAGGGGCAGUUUUAGUUCCUUGGUUAUGGCUGCAAAAGACCCCUGUAAGAAACAUGCCUGUGAAAUCCAAAAAUGUUUGCAAGCAAACAACUACUUGGAAUCUAAAUGCGAAGCUGUCUUCCAGGAGAUGAGGCGUUGUUGCGCCCAGUACCCGAAGGGCGUAUCCCUCUCUUGUUCAGGCUUUAAAGGGGUGGAAAAAGAGAGAGAGAAGCAGGUACCAGAUUCCAAUCAUCCCCCCACUCUGAAGCCCUGAGUGAGCCCGUUCUCUGGGAGGGGCUGAGCAGCCUUACCUGCCGUCUACGUAGCUACCGCGCUAUACCUCAAACCUGUUCUCUUGCAUGGGAGGGUUACUCCCAAGAUGCAAGCCAGCUCCUCUUUCAGACCCUGACGGAAACCCGAAGACCACUGCAGCCCGUCGUCGGCCGAAGAGUAGAAGCCCCUAGCACUUUUGUUGUCAAAACGAUGUUACUGCUGUAGCCUUAUUGUAAAGUAGAUUGGAGUAGAAUGCCUUGAUUUGUGAAUAGUCCGUGUCCUUUGUUCUGUUGUCCAGAAGAGCAAUAUUCCACUUGGGAAGGUGAAAUCCAGCCUGUGUUUUUUGUUUUGUUUUUGGCUGGACGUCGAAUUUCAGACAAUCUCGUUUUACGUGUGGUCCGUGUAAGCUAAGUCCUUUGUUGAAGCAAAGUCGUCGUUCCUCAGUCUGUUUGAAAGUUGUCCUUUUCCGCGAAACAGGAACAAGCUGGCAACUGAAGCCUAGAGAGCUAGCUGUUUAGCUCAGCGGUAGGCUUCCCAAAGCUGAGAUAAAGCCACCUGGUUUUCUGAGCUUUUGAUUUCAGUAGCGGUCAACACCUAAUUGCACAAUAUUGGUUUUAUGUCAUGCUGUGGUAGAAGCAGCUGAUUUCAGGGAUAGCUACGUUGUGUGCUGUGUGGCCUCCUUCCCCUUAUUUGUAAAGCAAUAGGCACUUUUGUGGAAAGCCGGAGUUGCAAGUAUUAUUUUUAAAAUUCAACCAUUUUGCUAUUUAUCUGGAUGAAACCCCAUUUCUAUGAAGGGAAUAAGAAUGUUAAGUGUAGCACCCUCUUUCUUCUUCACCCCCUGCCCCCAAUUUAGACUUAAAUCAAAUGUUCCCCAAGGGAUUUUUUGAGCACCCUUUACAACUCUCGCUGUUCUGUAUCUCGUGCCUCCUAGGUGUCAAAACCAUCGCAAAAUAACUUCAAUGUUGUGUAUACCGUAAGCAGGCUUUAGCAAAGCUGCUGGAAUGAGAUUCUGACUCCUGUUUGCAGUUCAAUAAAUACUCAAUCCAUACAAGGAUAUGAUCAUGUUUAUCUUAAUAUUUAAAGCCCGAGAGAAUAAACGUAUUUUUUUGAAUCCUUUCUUGGACAGAAUUAUGCUGAAGACAAGACGAUUAACUUUCUCAUCUUAUAGUAAAAUCUAAAGUCACCGAGAAAUGCAUAGUUGUUAAAAAUUGUGAAUGAUUGCCAAGAGAAUCCCUUAUUCAAAAUCUGAUGACUGUCAUGAGCAAAUAUUCAGUAGCUGAAGUCAAACCACAAAAUCCUCCAAAUAUAUGUUUCAUGUUUUCAACUUUCUUUCAGUAAAGUGUUUCAAGUUAUCCGGAUUGUUGGGAGUUUGCAGGGAGAGGCCAUAUAGCUCAUUAGGGCAGUGCCCGGUUUCUAGAUAUGAGGCUCUGAGCUUAUUCUCCAGCUUUUCCAAGUAAAAUCGAAAAUGCACUAGAAUGGAAUUCUGUAUUCCUGUGGUCAGUUCAGCAAUAAACUAGCAUAGUCAGAACCAUGUGAGGAGAUAUAGUUGAAGGCCAGACAUUGAUAAUACAGAGCUGGAUAGACCAGUGAUCUGAGUUGACUGGUGUUUUCUACGCUCAGGAAAAGAAUUAUUUGUGAUAGAAUACUAUACAGCCUGGAAUUAAUAAAAAAUGUCUGUAUUGAAAUAUGAAAUAGACCCACUGUUUAAUAGGACAUACAACAACUCUGCUUUCUAAUUUCUUGGAAGUAAUUCCAAGGAUCUUUGGUCACUAACUAAUCAUAUGAACUAAUUAGCAAAGCAUCAGGUUGCCCGCUAUUCAGCAAACACCAGCAGCCUCAUGAGAUGAAAAUUAUUCUGAAUAAUUACAUUCAUAACCCUUCUCAACUUUUCCUUUUAAUUCUUCUAGGCUUAAUUGAAAAAUGAGCCCCGCAACUUACAAGAGAUUUUCCAAGAGAUCUGAUGGCAUACAGAUUCAAUAAAUAAAAGAGACUCUCAAAAACCAUUUAAUUCUCACUUCAAAACAUUUGACUAUUGUAUAAAAACUUAGAACCAUAAGAUUCCUCUAAGUCUGACACAGAGGGAUGAUCGGAUUUGAAUUCAGUUUUGCAACUGUGCCCCACCCAGGUAAAUUUAAAUUGACCCAGUUUCUAUAAUGUUUUAACUUCAAUCUCCAACACCAAGCAACUCUGCCUGCAUUGCACAGUAAUAGUUUCUAGGAGAAAGACACCUCUGUUUUAUAAUGUUGUAGACAAGUGGGCCAUUCAUAUUCCUGCAGGAAAAAAAAUAUAUUUUAAAAACAUUUAAACAGAUGACUGAAUCCGAAGUGCUGCAUAAAACAGCUGUCAGUUGAAGGUCUUCUACUUAAGUGCUUUUAAAAGAGUUUUUUCUUUCCUGCAGCCAUUCUUUAUCCCCCAAAUCAGCUCAGUCAGCUUAUUCAAGCUCCCUCUUGUGUUUAAAGCCGCCUUAGCAUGGCAUCUCCUGGUAGAUAAUAAAAACCUUGAAACUGGCCUCUGGUCUCUGUGAAAUUCACCAAAGUUCUAAGGAUCUUUGUAAUUGUUGAAACCAGUCUUGCAAGAGCUUAGAAUUCUGCUGCCCAAGGACUAGAGCGACCAUCAAUUUCCUUUGAGGAGCAGGAACGACAAGACACAUGAUAUGAUUACAUAUAAUCCCACACGUCUACUUUUAAUCUUUGCUCAACUACUAGAAAAGGCCAUUAUUCAAGACCAGCGUUUCACAAACUUGGCAACUUUAAAAACAUAUGGACUCCCCACAUAUACCGGCUGGGAAAUUCUGGAAGGCAAUUUCCUUUAAUUUU